AUGGUGCAGGGCUGGAUUCACAAGAGCUUAUUCUGUCUUCUUCUUCAAAUAACUUAUGGCUCAGGAGACCAGAAAGAAAGAAAUAGUACUGCAGAUUCAAAUUUGGCCCAAGUACGUCUAUUACACUCUCUGUUAGAUGGAUAUGAAAAGGAUCUAAGACCUGUAAAGUACUGGAAAAAUGGCACUACAGUGAAUAUAGAUAUAACAAUAUAUUCAAUUUUUGCAGCGGAUGAGAAGAAUCAGCUGGUGUCAAUGUACUUCUUGUAUAAUCGGUACUGGACUGAUGAAUUUCUAACAUGGAAUGCUCUGGAAUAUGACAAUAUUACUGUAAUUUCUCUUCCUUCUAAUAUUGUAUGGGUCCCAGAUGUACUUAUCACUGAAUUUGUGAGUUCAGAAACACCACCAUUUCGAAGUUUUGUCUACAUUCACAACACAGGACUAGUAAACUACCAAAAACCACUCAGAAUGUCAUCCAUGUGCAUAUUCUACAUCUACUACUUCCCUUUUGAUCAGCAAAAUUGUACCUUGACCUUUCAAAGUCAACUUCACACCGUUGAACAUAUUAACGUGUCCAUGUGGAGAAAAUCGGAGGAAAUGAUGAAGGAUCUGCAAAAGUUUUAUGAUAAAGGAGAAUGGGAACUUCUCAGUAUUAAUUCCAAUUACAAAGUAGUGGAUGAACUGGGGCGCAAAUUUGGCGUGGUAGAAUACUAUGUCAGCUUCAGGAGACAUCCAAUGUACUAUAUUGUAAAUCUAAUUAUCCCCAGUGCGUUUCUCAUACUUAUGGAUAUCAUUGGCUUUUACCUCCCUCCAGAAAGUGGAGAAAGGGUUACUUUUAAGAUCACCCUCCUUCUUGGUUAUUCGGUCUUUCUCAUCGUAGUUUCCGAAACUUUACCUGCUUCGGCCCAAGGGGCUCCAAUAAUAGAUGAAUUGUCCAAAUAUUGUGAAAAUGGAGGAAACUUCAAUAUAUCAACAACAACUCUGCUAAUGAAAGAAAAUCCUGAGAUCUUACAAAGUAUCUUCAAUGAGAUUGUGGCUCUUAGACAACAUCUGGAGAAGAAGGAUCUUCAGGAAAACGCUAAUGAAUGGCUCAGUGUUGGAUAUGUACUUGAUAAAUUUCUUUUCUGGGUGUAUGUAGCAACUAUUUUGAGUUAUAUUGCUACUACAUAUAGUAACACUUUAGUCCACUUUUUAGACCUUAAUAUUAGUAUCCAAAACAAUAUAAUUAAUACAAGUACCUAUGAAGCCAACAGACAGCAACAGCCUUAUACAGAUCGACAGCUGCCAUUUGCCAAUUUGGCUUACCAACAUACCAUGAAGCCAGUUUAUGCGUUUGAGGAGAAACUGUUCUGA